AUCCAAUGGGGGGUGGUCGGUCAGAGAGCAAGCAGAGACCCCCGGGGCGGCCGUUCGGGCUCGGCAAACAAAAGCCCAUCCAGAAACGAGGGGAGGCCCGGGGAAGUGAGCACAGCGGGGGCACCCGUGGCAAGGUCCCUGCGGGGCUGAGCCUGACCGGCUGGAGCCUGGGCGGCCCCGCCUUCGCUGCCUUUGACUCCAUGCCCUCGGCUAGGCCGGGGCUCUGCGGAACGCUUUUGUUAAAUCUGUUCCACCAGAGACUGAAAAGGGGGGGAGGGAGACCCCCCAUUGUCUUCCUAUCUCUCGGGGCGCGGCCACGUGCCCAAUGGUCAGCGCCAGAUCAGGGCCCAAGGGGAAAUUAAAAGGGCCGCUUCCUCUGGGGCCGAGGCUGAUGGCCGCAGGUGGGGGCGGGGGGCCCUUUUAACAUUCUGGGAAACUGAGGUCGGGGGGCAGGAACGAGAGGAAGCGCGAAACGCUCUGAAAGAAAACGGGCCAAUGGAUGGGGGCUGGGGCGGUGUCGGGGGUAGGGACCGCAUCCCAGAGACCGAAUGGAACGGUAGUAACGGCACGCUGGCCGAGGCCCCGCCCCCACCCGCCAGCUGCGAGGAUAGGCUGGGUCUGGGCCUAUGACCUCUCCGAGGGGGCGGAGGAGAGGGACGCCGGCGCAGAAGAAGCGGCGGGCGCCUGCGCAGAGCGGCCGGGAGACAAGCCGGUGGGGGGAAGGGACGGUGACGGGGAGCCGGGGGACACUCGGGCUGAGAGACCGAGAGACAGAGAGGAGGAUGAGGGAAAGGCCCGGCGCAGGCCGAAGCCGGACCCGAAUCCCGAGCGGCUCGACCUCCCUGACGUACCCGCCACCUCCCGACGGCCAGCCUACUCCCCUUCCAUCCCAACGGCCGCUCCCUCGGCCCCCACGUUCAGACGUUCCUCUGGGAGUGGACGGCUGUCUGAGAAUCCCACAGGUCAUCUGCUAACCACCAGGCCAGCCCCAUCACACUGCUGCCCCAUCGGACUGCUGCCCCGUCGCUCUGCUGCCCCGUCGCUCUGCUGCCCCGUCGGUCUGCUGCCCCAUCGGUCUGCUGCCUCGUGGGACUGCUGCCCCAGGAUUCACCUGCUGCUGCAGGGGGCAGGGAUCACAGGAGGCUCGGCCAAUAGACAAUCCUGCGUCCCUGAAAAAUCCAGCGAGACAAAGGGCUGCUGGGAUGAACUUCUGGAGCGUCAGGAGGAAAGCGCCCGGCUCUGUCGCUCUAAUUAGAAGCAAGCUGGGCCAAAGGCAGUUUCUGGCUGAGUAACUGACUGGCCCGAAGCAUCCAUGUCUCUCUGGGUUA